AUGACACCACCCGCGCGUAUAUACGCGUGAACAUACGAAUUCAAAAAGGAAUACAGAUCCGACAAACAUGUCAACGUGACACCUGUGAGGCGGAGUACAGUGAAGAUGCGGCGAGAGGAGCUGUGCGCCCCCCCCUUCGUGAUGUAAGAACCCCCCCUUUCCGCCCUCGGGGGCGCGCGCCGGUGAGAGAGCGCGGAAGAAGAGCAGGAGGCGGACGCAAAGUUCUCCCGAGCAGAACAGAAGCCUCCUCGAGCGUGCCGUCUCUUCGCUCCGCUCUUUGAUCGGGAUUUGGGUCCGUUUGGACGUCGGAGGAUUUGCGGCGGAAGUCUCCCUCGAAGCGUGCGACGAGUGCACCCAUGGGUGCCUCGGCAGAUUUGGCGCUCCGGUGGUGAAAGGCGCUCGUCAUGAUUUGGGUGAGCCUUUUGCCGCUUUUGCUGACGUGCGCGCUCGCCAACCGGACCGCGGAGCCGGCGCCGGUGCCCUUCUUCCACGGCCAUGUGUUUGAGAACGCGUCGCCGGGCGCCCGGGUCAACGGGCUGAGCGUGCCGCUGCGGAGGCUGAACGCGCAGCGGCCGUGCGGUGACGGCGACGGCGGCGCAUCGGAGCUCGUUCCGCAGCCGCGCUGGAGGCUGCUGGGAGACGGCGGCGACAAGUUCCGCGUCCUGGCGCACCACGACCGGGGUCACAUCCUGCUGAGGACGUGCGGCGUUCUGGACCGCGAGGAGCGGGCCGAGUACGAGCUGGGGGUCGGCGUGUGCUGCGGCGGGUCGUGCGCGGAGGUGGCCUCCGUCAAAGUGGACGUGCUGGACGUCAACGACCACCGGCCAGCCUUCCGGGACGCCGACGUGAGGCUCAGCCUGGACGACGCCACCCCGCUGCGCACGGUUGUCUACACGCUGACGGCGCGGGACGGGGACAGCGGCAAGAACGCGGAGCUCUUCUACUUCGCGAAGCCCAAGAACGGCACCUUCUACGUGGUGCCCAAAAGCGGCGACAUCCUCCUGGUGGACUCCAUCCUGGGCCGGGACGGGCCCAUCAAGUUCGCCGUAUUCGCCCGGGACCGAGGCUGGCCGCCCCGCACCAGCGACGCCAUCGCCGUGGAAGUCAACCCGCGCCGGUGGCUGCGCGGCGCCCGUCAAAACGCCCCCGCCCGGACGCCCAGAUCCGCCCAGGACGCCGACGACGCCGGCCCGCUUUUCAUCAACGUGUCCGAGGACGCGGGCAUCGGCUCGGUGGUGAUGAAUUUGAACCCGGUGCGCUUCCAGGCGGCCGCGUUCGAGCUGGUGGAGCCCGACGACGCGGAGAGCUCGCCGGUCAGCGUGGGCAGGGACACGGGCGAGAUUGUCAUCGCGCGCCGGCUGGACCGAGAGACGCAGCCGCUGGUGGAGAUCGGCGUCAGGGUGCACGACAAACGAGGUCCCGACUGGUACCUGGUGCGCGUGGAAUUGACGGUGACGGAUGUCAACGACAACGUUCCCGAGUGGCGCAUGGUCCCGGCGCCGUACCUGGCCGUGGUGUCGCCCGACGCCGCCGCCGGCUCGCUGGUCUACCAGCUGCACGCCCAGGACGGCGACGAGGGGCUCAACGGCGACGUGGAGUUCUUCCUAGCGGACGGUGGCGACGGUCGCUUCGAGGUGGACCGCAAGAGCGGCCACGUGCGGACCACGGGGCUUCCGCUGCAGCGCGACCGCGAGUACCUGCUGACGGUGGUGGCCGCCGACCGCCUGGGCAGCCGCAGCGUCCCCGCCGCGCUGUCGGUGGUGGCGGGGGCCAGGCCGCCGCAGUUCACCAACGCCUCCUUCACCGUCGCCGUCCCCGAGAACACGCCCGAGGGACAGCCCUUCCUGGUGACGACGGCCGUCUCCUUCCAGAAGAAGCCGAUCAGCUACAGCCUGCUCAUCAACCCCAGCAGCCUCUUCUCCAUCUCGCCCGAGGACGGCGAAAUCAGCCUGACCCGGCCCAUCGACUACGAGAGCGACCAGCACCGCUACCUGCUGCUGGUGCGAGCCGGCGAGGGCCAGGACGGCAUGAGCAGCGCCGCGGAGGUGCGAGUCAUCAUCAUGGAUGAGAACGACUGCGUUCCCGAGUUCCUGCAGUCCAUCUACAGCAAGGACGGCGUUCCCGAAACCGUCAUGACGGCCACGUCACUACUUCAAGUUUCUGCCAGCGACUGCGACUCGGAAAAGAACGCCGAGCUGACGUACUACACGCUGAGUACCGACUUCACGGUAUCGCCGCACGGCACCAUCUUCCCGGCGGGGCCGCUGGACUACGAGAGGCCCAACCACCUGUACGAGUUUGUGGUGAUGGCAGUGGACAAGGGAGAGGUGGCCCGCACCGGCACGGCCACCGUGCGGGUGCGCAUGGCCAACGUCAACGAUGAGCCGCCAGAGUUCUCGCAGCACGUCUACCGCACGUUUGUGUCGGAGGACGCCGGGCCCAACACGCUGGUGGCAACCGUGCUGGCCAAGGAUCCCGACGGAGACGGUAUCACGUACCGCAUCGCCUCGGGAAACGAGGAGGGCAACUUUGUCAUCGACAGCCAAAAAGGUUUGAUCCGUCUGCGCUCCAGCCCCCCGCCUCACCUGCAGGGCGUGGAGUACGUCCUCAACGUGACGGCGACGGACGAUAACGCCUCGGGCGGCCCUCGGGCCCUGUCGUCCACGGCCCAGGUGGUGGUCGGCGUGGACGACGUCAACAACAACAAACCCGUCUUUGAGAAGUGCCAGCAGUACCGGGAGAAGACGACGGUCCUGGAGAACCAACCGGCCGGGACGUAUGUGCUGCGGGUCGACGCCGUGGAUGCGGACGAGGGUUCCAACGGCAAGGUCACAUACGGCUUCAUGCACAAAGACUCCACUGUGCCCGCCUUCAGCAUUCACCCUGACACAGGGACGAUUGUCACGGCCCGGAAAUUUGACCGCGAACGCCAGCGGGAGUACGCGGUGACCGUCACGGCCACCGACCAGGCCAACGACCCGCUGAUCGGCAUCUGCCAGCUCAACAUUCUCAUCGUGGACCAGAACGAUAACAGCCCCAAGUUUGAGAACAUCCGCUACGAGUACUUCCUUCGCGAAGACACGAUGAUCGGGACCAGCUUUUUGCGAGUGGCGGCCCACGAUGACGACUUUGGAACCAACGCCGCCGUUACAUACUCUAUGUCCAACGAGCAGCCGGAGUACCUCAGGGUAAACCCGCUGACCGGCUGGGUGUACGUCAACCAGCCCAUCUCGCAGAGGACCUACAUCACCCGGGAGAUCAUGGCCACAGAUGGCGGAAACCGGAGCAGCUCGGUGGAACUGGCCGUCACCAUCACCAAUGUGAAAAACCAGCCGCCGCAGUGGGAAAAGGAAAGCUAUGCCGUGGUCAUACCCGAAAACACCGUGCGGGACACGCCCAUCGUGACCAUCAAAGCCACCUCCCCGCUGGGCGACCCCAGGGUGACGUACAAUCUGGAGGACGGCAUGGUCCCGGAGACCAACAUGCCUGUCCGCUUCUACUUGACGCCGAACCGGGCGGACGGCUCGGCCUCCAUCCUCGUGGCGGAGCCUCUUGACUACGAGAUCACCCGGAACUUCAUGCUGAGAGUCCGAGCCCAGAACGUUGCCGCCGUCCCGUUGGCCGCCUUCACCGUUGUCUUCGUCAACGUCACAGAUGUGAAUGACAACGUCCCCUUUUUUACAUCGUCCAUCUACGAGGCCUCGGUGACCGAGGGCGCCCAAUCGGGAACUUUGGUGUUUCAGGUGUCCGCCAAUGACCUGGACUUGGGCCUCAACGGCAAGAUCGCCUACUCGCUGCUUGAGGAUCGAAACGGGGACCACCGGUAUUUUCGCAUCGACCCCGAGCUGGGUUUCAUCUACACGCAGGCUGUUUUUGACCGCGAGACCAAAAGUUCCUACCUCUUGGAGGUCCAAUCGAUGGACGGCUGGGAGUCGGCCAGGCCUGGCAAACGCGGACAGCCCAACUCUGACACGGCGUACGUUCGCGUGUUCAUCAGCGACGUCAACGACAACGAGCCGGCCUUCGCUCAGAGCGCGUACGAGGUGGACACGGAUGAGGACGCCGACGUGGGAUUUGCCGUCCUCACCGUCAGCGCCAACGACGGAGACGAAGGCGGGAACGCCAAACUACGUUACCAAAUCACGUCCGGAAACACUGGAGGUGUGUUUGACGUGGAACCGGAAGUGGGGACCAUCUUCGUCGCUCAGCCUCUGGACUACGAGCAGAACAAAAGGUACAAGCUGCAUGUUCUGGCUUCCGACGGCAAGUGGGAGGACUACGCCACGGUGGCGGUGAACGUGGUCAACAAGAACGACGAAGCGCCCGUGUUCACCGUCAACGAAUACUACGGAAGCGUCACAGAGGAACUGGAUGGUUCGCCCGUCUUCGUCUUACAGGUGACGGCGUCGGACCCGGACAAGGACGCCGACCAGGAGGCUCUUCGCUACUCCCUGCACGGCCAGGGCGCCGAGAGCGAGUUCAUCAUCGACGAGGUGACGGGCAAGAUCUACGCCCAGCGCACGCUGAACCGCGAGGAGCGCGCCGUGUGGCGUUUUGUGGUGCUGGCCACGGACGAGGGCGGCGAAGGCCUGACGGGGUUCACCGACGUCAUCAUCAACGUGUGGGACAUCAACGACAACGCGCCCGUCUUCACCUGCGCGCCCAGCUGCCACGGCGACGUGGCCGAGAACUCGCCGGCCGGCACCUCGGUGAUGGAGAUGACGGCCACCGACCUGGACGACGCGGCCGUGGGCCAGAACGCCGUCCUGUCCUACCGGAUCUUGGGCGGCUUGGACGCGACGGGGACCGUUCCCGCCUUCUCCGAGAUGUUCGCCAUCAACCCGGCAACCGGCACCAUCACGGUGGCCUUGGAGGGCCUGGACCGGGAGCAGGUGGAGUCCUACGUCCUGGUGGUUGAGGCCAGGGACGGAGGCGGCAUGGUGGGAACGGCCACGGCGACCAUUCAGAUCUCCGACGUCAAUGACCACGCGCCCCGGUUCGUCGAACACGCUUGCCUGGCCAGGAUCUCGGAAAACGCGGAGCCCAACGCGGAGGUCCUGGAGCUGAGGGCCGAGGACCGAGACACGGGAGAAAACGGCCAGCUGACUUUUAGCGUGGUGGCCGGGGACCAGGAGCAAAAGUUCUACAUGGUCAGCAACAAAGUGGAGCAGCGGGGAAGCCUCCGACUCAAAAAACAACUCGACUACGAGAGACACAGCGAACAGAGGUUCAACCUGACCAUCAAGGUUGAAGACUUGGAUUUUUCCAGCCUGCUUCACUGCGCGCUCGAGGUGGACGACUACAACGACCACGCCCCGGUUUUCAUUCCUCACUUCCUAUCUCUGGGCCCCCUGUCAGAGGACGUCGCCGUGGGGACCAGCGUGGCCCGCCUGCUGGCCAGCGACUCGGAUUCGGGUCAAAACCGCCAGCUGGUCUACAGCCUCUCUCGGGACUCGGACCCGGACGGGCUCUUCGCCGUGGACCAAUCGGGCGUCCUGACGGUGGCCCGACCUCUGGACCGGGAGAAGGUGGCCCAGCACCACCUGGUGGUCAUCGCCACAGAUCACGGGGUGCCCGCCUUGUCGGGUAGCGCCACCGUGGAACUCCCCCUCCUGGACGUCAACGAUAACGGGCCGCAGUUUGAAGCUGUGUAUGCGCCGGUGGUCUUUGAGAACGUUCCUGGGCCUCAGGUUGUAAACAUGAACCAGACAUCCACGUUGCUCCGGGCUGUGGAUCGAGACUCCUUGGAGAACGGCGCGCCUUUCCAUUUCGCUGUCCCCGCUGACUAUCGCCACGGCAACGACUUCUACCUGAAGGACAACCUGAACGGAACGGCCACGCUGACGGCGCUGCGGACGUUCGACCGCGAGCGUCAGAAGGAGUUCCUGAUCCCCGUGGUCAUGAGCGACAGUGGCCGUCCUGCCAAAACGGUGACGGCCACGCUGACGGUCACCAUCGGCGACGACAACGACCAUCCGCACAUUGGCGGAGAGAAGACCAUCUUCAUCAACACGUACCGAGGGCGCAUGCCCACCACCGUGCUGGGAAGGGUGUACGCACCCGACCCGGACGACUGGGAUAACAAGACGUACGUCUUUGAGGGCCACGUACCCACCUACUUCGUCUUGAACAAGCGCACGGGCUUUGUGAUCAUCAAGGAGAAGGCCCCGUCGGGCGACUAUCGGUUCCUCGUGCGCGUUUCGGACGGCGUGUGGCCCGACGUCGUCUCCGCGGUUACGGUGCAUGUACGAGAGCUGCCUGAGGACGCCGUGCACAACUUGGCGUCGCUCCGCCUUGCAGACAUGACGGCCAAGGAAUUCAUGGAGCCGAGGGGCAAGCAGCGCAGCCGAUACGAGCUGCUGUCCGACUUCCUGUCCGAGAUGUUGUCGGUGUCGCCGUCCGACGUCAACGUCUUCGGCCUGAGCGACGUCCCCGGCCGCAUGCUGGACGUGCGCUUUGCCGUGCGCGCCGGCGCCACCUUCUUGCGGCCCGAGAAGAUGCACGGAUACCUGGCGGCGCACAAACAGAAGCUUCAGUCCUUCCUCCAGGUGCGGGUCUACCAAGUGCGCGUGGACGAGUGCCCGCAGUCGGCGUGCGGCGGGACCGGCGGCUGCGCCGGUGCGGCGGCGGACGUCCGGGACGCGCCCGCGGUGGUGGACUGCGGCCCCGUGACUUUGGUGUCGGUCACGGUGGAGGCGGCCGCCGUCUGCGCCUGUCCCGGCCGCCAGCAGGUGCAUCAGCCCUGCGACGCUUACCCCAGGAACCCGUGCUUCAACGGGGGCGUGUGCGUGGACACCCAGCAUGGCUACAGGUGCCAGUGCCCUGCCCAGAUGGAGGGUCCCGAGUGCCAGCAAAACAAGCACAGUUUCCACGGCAACGGCUACGCCUGGUUCCCUCCCAUGACGCCGUGCUUCGAGAGCCACAUCUCGCUGGAGUUCAUCACCGAGGUGCCGGACGGCCUGCUGCUCUACAGCGGGCCCCUGGCGCAGCUGCAGGCCUGGGACCACGAGGACUUCAUGGCCCUCGAGCUAAUCAGUGGGACCCCCACGCUCAAAAUCAACCACGGCUCCGGCACGGUGGUGCUACAGUUGCCUGGCAACAUCAAUGUGGCCGACCGACGCUGGCAUCGACUGGACAUCCGCAGCAACAGCAAGGAAGUUCGCUUCACCCUGGAUCGCUGUUCGGGGGCGGCCGUCACAGAAAUGGAAGGUCUGGGAAGUUGGCUAACCACCGAGGACCACUCGUCCUGCGAAGUGACCGGCACCACGCCCAACACCGACAGAUACCUGAACACAAGUCAAGUGUUGCAGCUGGGCGGAGUCAACGAGGACAUUCCCUACAUUUACCCUCAUCUUCAGCACAAACACUUCACGGGAUGCAUACGCAACCUCGUUGUGGACAGCAAGCUCUACGACCUGAAUUCCCCGGCCGACUCGCAGUCCAGCUCACCGGGCUGCCAGACCACCGACGGCAGCUGCGUCAACAUGGGCUACCCGUCCUGCGGACGCCGCGGACACUGCCAUGGAGAGUGGGGCUCCUUCAGUUGCCAGUGUGUGCCCGGAUACAGCGGGCAGCAGUGCGAAGAGGAGGUUCCCGAGUACUCCUUCGACGGCCACAGCCACGUGCGCUACCAGCUGGCCUCGCCGUUGCCGGCCCGCAGGACGGCGGUGCAGAUCCUGGUUCGAACCCGUAGGCACAGCAGCACCGUGCUCAGCCUGAGCUCCAGAGAGCAAAGCGAGUACCUUCGACUGGAGAUUUGUCAGGGCUUGCUGGGCGUGUACUACAACCUCGGCGACGGCGACUACAACCUGAGCGUGCCCACGUACCGCCUGGACAACGGCGAGUGGCACCAGGUGUCGCUGGAGCGCCACGACAACGAGAUGACGCUGCGGCUGGACGGCGGAGGCGGCCGACGUGAAGUGACGGGGGCGCCGGGGCGCAGCCGGGAGAUCGUCAUCGACCCCACGCUGGUCAUGCUGGGCAACGCUUUCCCCUCGGCCCUGAACAAGAGCUUCCAGGGCUGCAUGAGGGAUCUGCGUCUGAACGGUCGCCACCUGCCGAUGGAUAUCCAGAGUACACGGGAAGGCGUGUCGCAGAUCAGCGCGCAAGGCCUCACUCCGGGUUGCUCUUCCGACUCCUGCAGGAGGAACCAGUGCAGCCCCCCUUUCACCUGCGUGGACCUGUGGCGAGUGCACGAAUGCAGAUGCCCCCCGGGCCACAUGAUCCGCGUGAAUGGCAGCAGGAAGUCAUGCGUGUACACGUUGUGCGCCACGCGGCCGUGCCACCGCGGGACGUGCGUGGCGCAGUCGCCGUCCAAGUUCACCUGCCAUUGCCCCGACGGCCACCGGGGGCGCCUGUGCGAGACGGCGCUGGCCGUCUACAGCGAUGACGUGGGCCUCAGCUUCAGCUCGCUCUUCGCCAUCUGCAUCUGCUUCAUGGCGCUACUGGUGCUGCUGCUGGGCAUUUUCCUGUACACGCGCUGGAGGAGCUACAAGGGCCUGAAGGAGGGCGUGUACCACGUGUCGCACCACGACGGCUGGGAGGACGUCCGAGAGAACGUCCUCAACUACGACGAGGAGGGCGGCGGCGAGGAAGACCAGAACGCGUACGACAUGGCCGAACUCCAGAAGUCCCUGCAGCCCAGCCCGGCCCAGUCGCUGCAAUAUUGUCGUUCCCGGGCGCCGCACCGCCCGGCGCCGCUGCCGCCGCACCACCACUUCCUCCACCAGGCCUCGACGCCACGGGCCUGCGGCCAGCCGCCGGACGCCCCCGCCUGCGGCACGCCGCCCCCGUCGUCGGCCUGCGGGGCGCGGCGCGACGUGGCGCCCGCCCGCUUGCCGGCCCAGGGGCGGCCCCCCCUCCGGCGCUCGCUCUCCUUCUCCAGCCAGGACCUGGCCCGCUACCUGUGCGAGAUCAUCCGCGACGCCGACCGGCACCCGGACACGGGGCCCUUUGACUCGCUGCAGGUGUUCUCCACCGAGGGCGGGGGCUCCCCGGCGGGCUCGCUCAGCUCCUUCAGCUCAGCGGGCUUGGACGACGGGGCGGCCGACGCCCGGCGCCAGGAGACGCUCGGGGACUGGGGGCCGCGCUUCGAGAAGCUGAGGGCGCUGUACGAGCGGGCCGAGGCCAGCGACCUCUGAACUCUGGCCGCGCGGGACCCUUUCCGGGUCGCGGCGGGUGACCCCUGGACAAACGCGCGCGCUCAUGCACCGACUCUUGAUGUUAUUUGCUGUCAGGCGAUUCGCCGGGGAACGGAACGUGGCGGUCGAGCUUCAGGACGACAUCUCGGGGUGGGGCGGCGGGGGCGGCUGACCCCCCCCCCUGCCGUCAACCGAGGUCCCGUAAAUGUGAAAAUCAAUGGCUUUGGCUGUGUUUUUAUACACGCAACAGCAGAGACACCUCAAAAUGUCUUUUUCGCAUCAUUGCCCGUUUCUUGUUGUGUAAAUAAUCCCUUGACGGCCAUUUUAGUGGGCGCACAGUCGAGCAUGUCUCCGGCCAACACCGUCGCAGCAACGAUUCAACUGCGCAGACAACGCUGCCGCGGCGCCUUUCUGGCCGUCCGACGACAUCCAGUGACAUUUAACAAUUCAACGUAAAAAAGCCGCAGGGAGUUACGAAGCGUUUCAUCUCACUCACUCGCUGGCCCGCCAAUCAAUGAAACACUUGGCAAAGGAAGGCAAAAGCCAGUGCACGAGUGUACCCCCCCGCGCCGUGUGGCCCGGCUUCAAAAAGAAAUGAGAAAGCUGGACGAUGUCAUCAAGUGCCUGAUUCGCUGGUCCGCCGUGAGCUUUGUCGCACACGCUAACGUGGAAAUUUGAUGUGGAGAAGGUGUCGCGGUUGCUCCCGCUAUUAGCAGCGGAAGGUUCCGAUGUGGCACGGCUGGAGAAGAAAGCCGCCAAAAUGAGCGCGGCAGCUUCAAAAACAAAACAAAAAAAGAGAAUCCCAUUUUGUUUUUUUGUGGCUUGUCAAAAAACAACAAAAAAGAGAAUCCCAUUUUGUUUUUUUGUGGGCUUGUCAACUGAAAAAAAAAACCAACACUCCUUUGAUGUUUACAGAAAUCAGCGUGGGGAAGCGAUAUGGACAAAAGUAUUGAGACACAGCGAAAGACCAGACCAAUUUUUGACAAAUUUGCACCGAAUUUUACUGUCGACCAUUUCCCACUAUUUUUUACAAUUUUCACUUUUUUUUUGUUUUGUUUUGGACAGCUUUCAAAAUGUUUUCAAAACGUUUUCUCAUAUACAGUUGGACCGUUUUUCAUUCAUUUUUUUCAUGCUUUUUCAAAUGGACAAUUUGCACUAUUUUGACAAUUUGUCACUUUUUUUGAGGAGGACGGGAGGACUUUCGAUAUUGUGGCCAUUUUUCACCCACAUUUUCGUAAAUGUCAUUCUUGAAAUCGUCAUUUGUCAUUCAUUUUCACUUUUCAUUUAGUUAGACGCCUCCAUGUGUGCGCGCGUGUGUGCGGCGUCUUAAAUAACACAACCUUGAUUUUUUUUUUAAUCAAGCCGACUGUCAGCCGAGAAGAGUUUUCAUCCCGUCUCCAACCGCAUGAUGGAUCGCUGGGCGGCCGGGUUCAAAUCAGCAAGCUCGGGCCAGGAUGAAUUCUCUUGAGUUUUGUGAACUUCAGCUUGCGAGCAAGGUUUGACUUUUGCGAGUACUGCAUCAUUAAAAGAAUACAGCAUCCAAACACGCGCAGCCACUUCCCUCUUGCGAUGUGAUUUCGGCACAUUCAGCAGGUUUGUCGAAAAAGUUGUUUGGACCUUGUUCGGCAUUUCUCUCGCUUGGCGGCGACUCAACGACAACGAAAGGAUGUUUGCGUCGACCAUGUCGGAAAUUAAGCUUGAGCGCCAAAUUCAUGCAAGCGUUUGCACGGCCAUCGCAGGUCCGCGUGUCCCAAGACUUUUGUCCAUAUGUUCCGGAGGGAUCUUUGCGGACUUUUGUUUUAUCUUUGUUUGUUUCGUUCGGUGUGAUGUUGAUUGCGCACGCGCGACGCUUCUUCGCGCCGCUUCUUGUACAUAGACAGAGAAACAGAUUAUUUAUGUGACAGCCGAGUGGAAAACGAUCAAGAAGUUAAAGAAAAAAAAAAUUAAAAAAUCAUUUUCUAAAAAAUAAAAAAAACAAAAAAAACAUCCGUGAAGACGAGCCUUGACGAGGUUUGCGCUUUGUAUUUGCUCUCGUUUGUUUUCCUCAGUCAAGUCGACUGCUGCCGGAGUGCAAAUCCAAAAUGGCCGAGCGUCUUUUUUGGUGAGGCGCAAUACUGAGCGGCGACCGUGGCCGGACACGCAAUUUUUCCCGUUUCAUCUUAAUUUUCCACCUCGUUCAGCCUUUUUCACGUCGACUGUUUUUGAUGAGCCAUUCGCAAUCCUUAUUGUUUGUUUUUUUUUGUCCAUUUUGAAACAUGCUCGGUAUUUAACCUUUUCCCAUCUUUACUCUUUUUGGAACACUUUGUACUCUUCAAAGACGUCCUUUCAAUAUGCCACAAAAUUUUCAUUUCAGACCCUUCAUUUUUUGGAAAAAUAAUUUUAUGAAAUACUAUUAUUAACUCUAAUAGGAAAACAAAAUAUUUUCCAAUAAUCAAAGAUCAUGGCUGUUUAAAAAUAUGCUUAUUGUAUUUUUUUUUUUCAUUUUUGGUCACUUAUGACAUUUUAAUUUUUUUUGCAUCAUUUUUUUGCAAGAAACAUUUCACAUCAUUGUUUUCUUUUAUCAAGAGCAUCAUUUUGAGGCGAAAAUGUUGACCAGAUUAGCCAAUUCCACGCCACCCCAUAUAUUUUUUUAAAAUGGUAAAAAUGAGUCAUUUGGAUUCAUUUUUUCCAACAUUUUUAUUCUUGUUUUGAAACAAAAACCUUUUUUUUUCCUCCCCCGCCCCAAAGCAGUGAACCUGAAAGUGUGUUGCCCUGUUUACCCCCCCCCCCCCCUCCCCCCGUUUGCUAAGUGGUGUGCCGUGAGAGUCUCGUGACGCUCAAAAGAAUCAUUGCUUACGUCACCGUUUUGGCAUUUGAGUACAACCGCUUUUCUUGUUGAACGACUGCUUGUUUUCAUUCUUUUAUGAAUUGACAUUGGAUUGAAAUGGUCACCGAGUAACUCUUUUGCUGUUUCCUUAAUUUUAUGUGCGGCGCAUAAUGCUGCCUACAAUCAUUUUUCAUAUUCUCUUGAGGAAUAAAAUCUGUCUCGUUUCUGAUGAACA